AUGAAUUGUGCAGGUAAUAGGUCCUAUGCCAGUCUUACGGUGCAACCGCGCAGUGCUGCCAUCUGUAUCGCCCUUGGAAUCAUGUUCAUGAUGCUUAUUCAGGGAUAUUCUAGUAGUGAAAUGUGGAUAGCCAUCCCGGAGAGUUUAUCAAUCGAAGUCAUGUGGUACGAGGCGGUGAUCCUACGCACCGGCAACGCCCUGGCCUACAAGCAGGUGGUGGUGAGCGGCGAGGACCUGUACGUGACGGAGACGCCCCCGCGGUCGCUCUCGCACCUCCUCCACGCGGCGCAGAUCUCGGACGUCUCGCUCGUUCACGACCUGCCCGAGUUCCUGCGAGGCGGAGUGAGGGACCAGACCACCCAUGUCAUCGUCAGGUUCCGCUCGUCAAGGAGGGCGUCCCUAGCUAAGGCUAAGGUGCGGCGCUCCACCGUCGAGGAACCCAGCACUUCCUCGAUCGACGAAGAGGGCGACGAGGAGGAGAGCGAUGAGACGGACGCCCCCGCCACCCACGUCUUGGCUCGGGCCGCCCACGACACCGCCAGCGUGUGCAGCGACCCUGUCCCUUCACUCAGCCUGCCUACUGUGGACGGAGGUCACGCUAACAACCGAUCUUAUCCCAGCAGCCCGAGGGUGACGACCGCCGUCCGCCGCAACUCCUCGACCGGCAUCCUGGCGGAGACGUCGCCCCUCGCCCUGGCCACCGCCCACGCCCUGCUCUCCCCCCGCAACGGUGCCAAACGCCCCGCACGGGCGCCCUCGCCCGACAUGGACGCUGUCUACCACGGCCGCUCCAUCACGCCCACCAUCGCUGAGUUGCUGGCCGGAGUGUCGCCAGUCGCCCGCCCGCAGCUCGCCACCCGCUCCAGCACGCCCGACUCCCUGGCACGUGCCCGAAUGCCCCGCUCGCUCAGCGCCCUCGAGUCGUACCACCGCUCCUCGCCGCUCGCCCUCGAUCUCCCGUCCCGAAGCAAGAGCGUCCUCGACAAGCCCUCUGCCGCUCCAGGAUCAACGCCAACGAGAAGUCAGAGUCUGGACUUGAAGGACUUGACGGACGGCCACAGAAACGACGAGGUCCUCCACCUGUACACGCUCUCCACGUCCACUCUCCUCUUCCACCUGCUCCACUCGCUCUGGGUCGCGUCCACUCUGGUGAGCUGAUGUUCCACUCGCUAGGUGGAGAGGAAGUGGAUAUGGAAUGUUAAAAAUUAGUGUUGCUUCUGUUUUAUUUCAUUUGUUGUUGGAGAGGGAGUAAAUAUGGGAUGUAGAAAUUACUGUUUCUGUUGUAUUCCGUUUGUUGUUGUUGUUGUUAUUGUUG